AUGUCCAACAACUACGGAGGUGGAUACAACGGCGGAUACGAUGAUGGACAGAUGUACGGUUCUCGACCAUCUACAAGCGCCUAUCCGGGCGUCAAGUCUACCGCAUUCUCAGGAAAACUGGAUGAGGAAUUGUCGGUCCACAUUAGAAAGGCAGUCAAUCCUGUUCUCGCUCGUUCCAAGGCCCUAAAGUCAACCAGAGCUAAAUACCCCUUUACAUCCCUCACCGCAGACGAGACAGCUCCCAAGCAAAAGCACGUACGAGCUUGUCAAGUAUAUACUUGGGACGCAAAGAACUCUACCUCCUUCUUCAAUGGAAUCAAAUCCGCCCCAAUCAUUGGUGACGAGGUCAUGACCUUCAAGGCUCUCAUCACCAUACACAAGGUCAUUCGGGGAGGGCAUCCCAGUGCUCUUGCUGAAGGAAUUAGAGAAGCUCAAUGGAUUGAAAAUAUUGGGAGAUCUGUUGGUGCUCAGGGCGGAAGAGGUUAUGGGGCUUUGAUCAAGGCCUAUGUACAAUUCCUCAUGACAAAACUGGAAUACCAUGCCGCACAUCCUGAAUUCACUGCAUCGUUUGAUUACGAGGAAUAUGUAACUCUCAAGGGUAUUGAGGAUCCUAAUGAAGGUUUCCAAACUGUGGACGAUUUGAUUAUUCUACUCGACAAGGUCGACUCAUUCCAGAAACUUAUAUUUGCCAACUUCCGACCAUCAAGCAGUAACGAAUGUCGUAUCGCUGCCCUUGUACCACUUGUGGAAGAGAGUUAUGGUAUUUAUCAGUUCCUUCUCUCCAUGCUUACAGCCUUCCAUCAAAUCAUUGGUGCUGCUGAGAUUCUAGCACCGUUGCGGAUCAAAUUUAGUGCCGGCCAUAUGGCUCUCUACAGGUUUUACUAUGAAUGUAACAACCUCAAAUACCUCACGUCUCUUAUCACGGUUCCACGAUUGUCACCUGAUCCACCAGACUUCCUCGCUGUGCCUCCUACAUUGCCAGCAAGAGGAAAGAAUGAACGAAUUAUAGACUUUUAUGAUGAUGAAACCGUCAACAUGAAUUUGCAAGAGCAGCUAUUACAACAACAAAUGAUGGAACAACAACGACAGCUCGAAAUGCAACGGCAGCUAGAAAUGCAGCAAAUGCAGCAAGCUCAAAUGAUUCCACAACUGCAACAACAGCUUGAAAUGUAUGCUCAGCGUGUCAGACAAUUGGAAGCUCAGUUAGGUCAAAUAUCUCUCAGCAAUCGAAGUCAAGAAGAAGCCAAGGAUGAGCUGAUUCGCAAGCUACAGUCUGAGGUUGACCAAUGGAAGCAGAAAUACGAGGCCUUGGCUAAAUUAUAUGCUCAAUUGAGAAAGGAGCACUUGGAUUUGUUGGGCAAGUUGAAAGAAAUGAAAGAGAAAAAGAAUGAUGAUGGUGCUGUCCUUCAAGCUGGCUUGGAUCAGAGUUUAAUGGCUCUCAAACAGCUGCAACUAGCUAGUUCAGAUCAGUUAUCACGUAUCAUUGAUAGUGUAUUGGAUUCGUGUAUUGAUCAACUUGAUACUGCCAUCCAAGAACUCGAUAAUCCAGUUGCAUCUGGUAAUAUCACCGCCUCACCUGAGUUCACUCUCACCAUCCUUGAUAAAGCUUCAGGCUCGUCAAGUGAAUUCUCCACGAGCUUUGUAAGAUAUCUACAAGGAGGAGAUCCAUACGACCCAGUUAGCUCGUCGACAUCGUUUGCUCAAACAACUAGUCUCUUACUAAGCAACGUGAAAGGUGUAAUUAGACUAGCAGCUCAAGAGGAUACCUCAGACAAGAUCCUCAACAGUGGCAAAGCAGCAGCAUCGAGUGCCAAGUCCUUCUUCACUCAAAUAAAGUCCACGAAUCUAAACAAGAUGGAUGCAUCACGACGUAUAGAGUAUGUGAAUGGCCUAGGUCGAGAUGUCAAUGCUAAAUUGACUGCAGUUGGUGGUGCUGUAGAGCAACUCUUGACAAACCAUCUACCCACAUCCGACGAUCUGGGAGAUCUAGUAGAACAAGAAAUGCUUAAUGCUGCCAAUGCUAUUGAAGAAGCUGCUCAGAAAUUGAGAGCUCUUGUCAAUAAGCCACGUGGUGAAGGAUUACAAGUCAAAGUCAAUGCAUUGAUUUUGGAUGCUGCCUUGACUAUAACCGAUGCUAUAGCCAAUUUGAUUCGACAAGCUACUGCUGUACAACAAGAAAUUGUUGCUGAGGGUAAAGGUGGUGCCAGUAAGGCUCAGUUUUACAAGAAGAAUAACAGAUGGACUGAAGGUUUGAUCUCUGCUGCCAAGGCCGUAGCGUUUGCCACCACAUAUCUCGUAGAGUGUGCUGAUGGUGUAGUUGAAGGAACACAUUCGAUGGAACAACUAGUAGUCGCCGCUACUGAAGUAUCAGCCGCCACGACUCAACUAGUAGCAGCAGCACGAGUAAAAGCCUCUCAAGGAUCUAAAUCACAAGAUCGUCUAGAAACAGCUGCUAAAGCCGUACGAGAAGCCACAAAGUCAUUGGUCAAGGCCGCCAAAGAUGCUGCUCGAAGUGCUCAAAAGGAGCAAGCAAAAGGUGAAGUGGCUGGAUGGGGUAUGAGUGAUUAUAAACUGAAGGAGAUGGCAGCUCAAGUUAAAAUCUUGGAGCUUGAGAAACAGUUGGAGCAAGCUAGGUAUACUUUGGGUGAGAUUCGAAAGUCUGGAUAUCAUGCUGCUGAUGGUGAAUGGAAUGAGAAGGAAGAUGAUUGA